UGUGUGUGCGGGAGUGUGUGCACACGCCUUGGGGGCUGGAGUGACACUGCAGUGGGCUUCUCCCUCCGCAGCCCUCCAGCGGCUCAGCCCGGACCUGCCCGCACGCGUUUGCGAAGCUCGGCGUUUUCAUCUUCCCGAGCCUCCUACAUCCUCCCCUCGCGGACCUCACUUUUCCUUGUACCCCGGGGGUUGCUCCCAGGCACCCCUCAACCGGUGCAAACAUCCCAGCCGCCUCCAGUUCCCUCCUAAGCCACUAUUUUCCAUUUGUCUUUCUCUGGGGUUCCUCCGCGAGCCGGUCCAGGGCUCCCCCAUCCUUGGAAAUUGUUUUUGUUGGACUGCUGUGCCGAGGUGUUGAAAGCUUGAGGACUUUAUCAUUUUGAUUCUUUCCCUUUCCUCCCCAUCUGGGCAACGGAGCAAUGAAAUUUCCAAUCGAGACUCCAAGAAAACAGGUUAACUGGGAUCCUAAAGUGGCCGUUCCCGCAGCAGCGCCCCCAGUGUGCCAGCCCAAGGGUGCCUCUAACGGGCACUACCCGGCCCCACGCCUGUCCAUCUCCUCCCGAGCCACGGUGGUAGCCAGGAUGGAAGGUGCCUCCCAGGGGGGCCUGCAGACCGUCAUGAAGUGGAAAACCGUGGUUGCCAUCUUCGUGGUGGUGGUGGUCUACCUUGUCACGGGUGGUCUCGUCUUCCGGGCUCUGGAGCAGCCCUUUGAGAGCAGCCAGAAGAAUACCAUCGCCUUGGAAAAGGCAGAAUUCCUGCGGGACCACAUCUGUGUGAGCCCACAGGAGCUGGAGACGUUGAUUCAGCAUGCCCUUGACGCUGACAACGCAGGAGUGAGUCCGAUAGGAAACUCCUCCAACAACAGCAGCCACUGGGACCUCGGAAGUGCCUUUUUCUUUGCUGGAACUGUCAUCACCACCAUAGGGUAUGGGAAUAUUGCUCCGAGCACUGAAGGAGGCAAAAUCUUUUGUAUUUUAUAUGCCAUCUUUGGAAUUCCACUCUUUGGUUUCUUAUUGGCUGGAAUUGGAGACCAACUUGGAACCAUCUUUGGGAAAAGCAUUGCAAGAGUGGAGAAGGUCUUUCGAAAAAAGCAAGUGAGUCAGACCAAGAUCCGGGUCAUCUCCACCAUCCUGUUCAUCCUGGCCGGCUGCAUUGUGUUUGUGACGAUCCCUGCCGUCAUUUUCAAAUACAUCGAGGGGUGGACGGCCCUGGAGUCCAUUUACUUUGUGGUGGUCACUCUCACCACGGUGGGCUUUGGCGACUAUGUGGCAGGGGGAAAUGCUGGCAUCAAUUACCGGGAGUGGUAUAAGCCCCUCGUGUGGUUUUGGAUCCUUGUUGGCCUUGCCUACUUUGCAGCGGUCCUCAGUAUGAUCGGAGAUUGGCUACGGGUUCUGUCCAAAAAGACAAAAGAAGAGGUGGGGGAGAUCAAGGCCCACGCGGCCGAGUGGAAGGCCAACGUGACGGCCGAGUUCCGGGAGACGCGGCGGCGGCUGAGCGUGGAGAUCCACGACAAGCUGCAGCGCGCGGCCACGCUGCGCAGCAUGGAGCGCCGGCGCCUGGGCCUGGACCAGCGCGCGCACUCGCUCGACAUGCUCUCCCCCGAGAAGCGCUCCGUGUUCGCGGCGCUGGACGCGGGCCGUGGCAAGGCCUCCUCCCAGGAGAGCAUCAACAACCGGCCCAACAACCUGCGCCUCCGCGGGCCCGAGCCGCUGCACAAGCACGCGCAGGGGGCCUCCGAGGACAACAUCAUCAACAAGUUCGGGUCCAGCGCCAAGCUCACCAAGAGGAAAAACAAGGACACCAAGAAGGCCUUGCCCGAGGACGUGCAGAAGAUCUACAAGACCUUCCGCAACUACUCCCUGGACGAGGAGAAGAGAGAGGAGGAGACGGAGAAGAUGUGCAACUCGGACCACUCCAGCACGGCCAUGCUGACCCACUGCGCGCAGCCGCCCGCCGGGGUGGAGAACGGCAUGGUCCCCGCGGACACCAAAGACAGGGAACACGAGAACAACGCGUUGCUGGAAAGCAGGAGCUAAAGGUUCCGGACACGGGGCUCAAGGAAGCGCUGUGUGUUUUUUAUAUUCACCCCGAGACACGUGCCUUAAACAGACUUCUCCUUAGUCCAAAAUUACAUAGCAUUGGAGAAUAUAUUUCACUGUGCCAUAAAGGACUGAGGAAGUUUGCUCUGCCAAAAGGGAUCAAAGAACAAGGACUCCGCUUCUGAUGAGCGACCGCGGGACGCCCAGGGAGCAUUGGCACGCGUCGGAGGUCACGGCCACCAAGUGUCAAGGUCGAGUGGCCGGUGGUGCUGUACCCCUGGGCAGCGC